GAGACACUUCUUCUGCUGUUUCUCGGAAACUGACAGCGAUACAGAGGCAGAGACCCCCACUGUAAAGCCACAGAAAAAGUCCCGCUGGUCUAUUUUCAAAUUCUGGAAGAGAAGAAAUCAGGUUGCUCCAGAAACAACAGGGGAACCUGAUAAAAAGAGUGACAAAUUAAAGAACAUGCAGCAGGACUGUACACCUGCCGAGGCAGCACCACCAAAAGAAGACUGCCUAGAAACAAAAGGUCGAGAACUGGUUGCUUCAGAAACAACAGGGGAACCUGAUAAAAAGAGUGACAAAUUAAAGAACCUGCAGCAGGACUGUACUCCUGCCGAGGCAGCACCACCAAAAGAAGACUGCCUAGAAACAAAAGGUCGAGAACUGGUUGCUCCAGAAACAACAGGGGAACCUGAUAAAAAGAGUGACAAAUUAAAGAACAUGCAGCAGGACUGUACACCUGCCGAGGCAGCACCACCAAAAGAAGACUGCCUAGAAACAAAAGGUCGAGAACUGGUUGCUCCAGAAACAACAGGGGAACCUGAUAAAAAGAGUGACAAAUUAAAGAACCUGCAGCAGGACUGUACUCCUGCCGAGGCAGCACCACCAAAAGAAGACUGCCUAGAAACAAAAGGUCGAGAACUGGUUGCUCCAGAAACAACAGGGGAACCUGAUAAAAAGAGUGACAAAUUAAAGAACCUGCAGCAGGACUGUACACUUGCUGAGGCAGCACCACCAAAAGAAGACUGCCUAGAAACAAAAGGCCAAGAACUGGACAUCAAGCCUCCACUGAACAGUUCAGAGGACCUAGUACAGGUCAUAACUACAGACAAUCCCAGCAGCACCCAUAAGGAAUGUGGUGAAAGUUCCAACCAGGUUAGAAACACCACUGAACAUAGUGAGCCAUCAGACCUGAGUUGGGACACUUUGCUUAUGGAGUUUCUGGCACAAGAGGAUGGAUUGGAGCAGGUGCUUGACAUUUUAGGGAAAAAUUUGAAGGAUAGAAAAAAAAAGAAAAAUAAAGUUCAGACUGUGGACCGCUUCGGGUUUCCAAACAUUGUAAACAGCUGCUACAUGAACUCCUGCCUGCAGAGCCUCUUCAACAAUGAGGAGUUCAUUAGAGAUGUCAGCCGUCAGGAGACUUUGUGGAGAGCAGUCCCAGAAGCUCGGCUCUUAAGAAGGCUCAUGAACAUCAGGAACUGUCAUGAAUCAAGAGAUUAUGACCUUAAAAAACGCCGCCUAAUGUCUUUUAAGAAGGCAUUCAGCCAACAGGUUCCUGAAUACGAAGGCAGUGCACAGAAAGACGCUCAUGAAUUCCUAACCUUUUUCCUCAAUGAGGUGAAAAGCCUCUCACCUCACCUGAAGAGGGAAGCAGCUCUCCUGGGCCGAAGUUAUACCUGCCCAGUAGAAGACCAUCAUGUUUUCAAAAUGGAAAACAUGAGGACAUGCAAGAGCUGCGGUCACCAGUCAUCACAACAGGAGGAAUUUACAAGCUUGUCCCUUGACCUGGUUCCAGAGGGGUCUGUUGAGGACAUGUUAGGGACAUACUUGAAGGAACAAAAAAUCGAAUUUACUUGUGACUGUGGAGGGACGACCUCGGAAUUGAAGCAGUCUUUUGAUACACUGCCAAGAGUUCUCAUCUUUCACCUGAAGAGGUUUGGCUUUACAAAAACCCACAAGCUUCAGAAGGUGAAUGACCCCGUCAGGCUGCAGAGGGACUUGGUGGUGUCAUCCAAACAGGGUGAUGGCCGUUAUGAACUCAUAAGCAUCAUUAGUCACUAUGGAGGCACAGAAUCAGGACACUACAUCUGUCAUUCUGUGCAUCCUGAGGAGAGCCCACAGUCUACAUCAGAUCAUUGGCUCACCUAUAAUGAUGCACGGGUGCUCCACACAACUGGAUCGGCAGUUUUUGAGGAACAGCAGCAGUCUGCCUACAUCCUGUUUUACAAGAGAAACGGUGUGGAAGCAAGUUAGAGCCAUCAUCGUGCUGAGAAGGAACAACCGUCGUCUCAGACCGCUGGUAAGUAUUGCCCUUAGGAGGAAGGGUCCUCCCAGAGAGCCUGGUUCCUCCCAAGAUUUCUUCCUCCAGGAGGGAGUUUUUUCUUGCCACCGUCGCCCCACAUUCACCGGUCAUUCACUAGUAGUGCACCACUACUAGAGAUAGUCAGGACCAGUGUUUGGCUUGCUCUCUGGGAACAACAAAUAAAUUAAUAAUAAAAUAAAAUAAAGAUAUUAUUGUCACGGGCUGAAAGCAGGGACUCAAGCGCAGAGCAGGUUGAUGUCUCAAAACACAAUUUAUUUACACACCCGUGCAAUAAUAUAUACAGUGACGGGAAAUUCAGGGUUCCAGGGGAUUAGGGGAAGGCUCUCUCUCUCUCACGCUCGCUCACGUCCUCACACACGUUCGUACCGCGGGGAGGUCACAGGUCCGGGAAGAUAAGCUGGAACAGGGAAAGGGAGAUAUCACUCACAAAUCACGAAGGCAUAAAGGUGUAAGACCACGGGAGCUGGAAAGGUAGACUAACGUCAGUAGCGCAAUCAUCCCGCGAUGAGAGGAUCUGUGACCCAGCCUCAAAUAGAAGCCGGAUAAUCAGCUGAUCGCCAACAGCUGUGAGAGCCAAGGGCGGGAGCCAGCUGUGAGCUCCGCCCAGGCAGAGAGAUAGGGGGAGAAAGAGAAAAAAAACACAAGUGUAGCCUUGUGAGGCCGGCUGGGCAGGCACGGGGACCAUGACAAUUAUU